AUGGCCGCCGUCAACGCAGACACCCUCGACAUGUCCCUCUUCUUCGGCACCCCCUCCCAAAAGCAAGACUUCUGCGACUCCCUCCUCCGCCUCCUCAAAAAGCGCGGCGGCGUCAAACUAAUCAACCACCCCAUCCCCUCCACCUCCAUCCACGAACUCUUCCUCCAAACAAAGCGCUUCUUCAACCUCCCCCUCGAGACAAAAAUGCUCGCCAAGCACCCUCCCCAAGCAAACCCCAACCGCGGAUACUCCUUCGUCGGCCAGGAAAACGUCGCCAACAUUAGCGGUUACGAAAAGGGGCUUGGACCGUUAAAGACUCGUGAUAUCAAGGAGACUGUGGAUUUUGGAUCGGCGACUGAUGAGCUUGUUGAUAAUAUUUGGGUUCCGGAGGAGGAGUUGCCGGGGUUUAGGAGUUUCAUGGAGGGGUUUUAUGAGAUGGCGUUCAAGACGGAGAUGCAGCUUCUUGAGGCUCUUGCUAUUGCUCUUGGUGUUUCUCCUGAUCACUUGAAGGCGCUGCAUAACCGUGCGGAGAAUGAGUUUCGAAUCUUGCACUACCCUGCCAUUCCUGCCUCAGAACUUGCAGACGGUACAGCAACCCGCAUCGCAGAGCACACAGAUUUCGGAACCAUCACCAUGCUUUUCCAAGACUCUGUCGGCGGUCUUCAGGUCGAGGACCAAGAGAAUCUCGGAACAUUCAACAACGUGGAGUCAGCUUCUCCCACCGACAUUAUCCUCAACAUCGGUGAUUCUCUGCAGCGCUUGACGAAUGAUACGUUCAAGGCUGCGUGCCAUCGCGUCACGUAUCCUCCUUCUAUCAAGGUCGGGGAUGGCGAGCAGGUCAUUCCUGAGAGAUACUCUAUUGCUUACUUUGCUAAGCCUAACCGAAGUGCGUCUUUGUUCCCGCUGAAGGAGUUUAUUGAGGAGGGUGUUCCUUGUAAGUAUGAGGAUGUAACUGCUUGGGAGUGGAAUAACCGCCGUAUUGAGAAGUUGUUCUCUGCUGAGGCCAAGGCUUAA